ACCCCUCCCUUCCUCCUCCCCGCUCCUCACCUCCCAUCGCAUCGUUUUCGGCGCCCAUCAAGCCUCCGCCCAUCCGCCCACCAGCACUUUCCCGGUGCCAAGCGGGCGUCGUCUCUUCCCUUCGGCAAACAGUCUCCUCCUCAGCCUGGUGGUGGUCGCACAAGCCCUUCACAGCCCUUCGUUCACAUACAACCAAACAUGCCGGGUCGCAAUAAGGAGCUCGAGGCCGAGGUGGUGGCGUGGGUGGAGGCCGUCCUUGGCGAGAAGCUCCCCCCAGGCAACUUCGAGGACGUGUUCCGCGACGGUGUCAUCCUCUGCAACCUCAUCAACAAGCUGCAACCCAACUCGGUCAAGAAGAUCCAGACUUCGGGCGGAUCCUUCAAACUCAUGGAGAAUAUUCAGAGGUUCCAGGAAGCCGUGAAGAAGUACGGCGUCCCUCACGAGGAGAUCUUCCAGACAGCUGAUUUGUUCGAGAGACGAAACAUACCUCAGGUCGUUCUUUGCAUCUACUCGCUCGGUCGCCAGACGCAGAAGCACCCCGAGUACCAGGGGCCGACGCUGGGGCCCAAGAUGGCGGAGGAGCAGAAGCGGGACUGGGACGAGGACCAACAGAGGCUGAUGCGGGACGGCCAGAUCGGGCUCCAGAUGGGCUACAACAAGGGGGCGAGCCAGGCGGGCCUGGGGGCCAUGAACCAGACGCGUCACAUGUAAGGAGGAAAGGAAGAGAGGAAGGAGGGCGUCCUCGUUUCCUUGCGUCGUUAUUCCCAUCGUCUUCGCUUUAUUUUCCCCACUGUGGCGGUGCGGUUUUCUGCCUCCUUCCUCGCACCAUUUCCCCCUUCUUCCCCAGCUCCACCUCCUACUUUUCGCUUCGUGAUGUCUUUGUUUAUUUGAUCUGCCUUUCCUCCCCUUCCUUCUUUGCAUCAUUUUCCUCCUCACCUCUCUACCUAUUCUUCUUCCUCCUCUCCCUCCUCCCUCAACCUUCCUUUGCUUCUUCCUCCGUUGGUCGUCUAACCCCAUUAGCAUUUUCAUGGCGCAGUAUCUCAUUACUUACUUUUCUUCAAAUCCCUCCGAAAAACUAUUUUUAGUUUGUCUUAGACCUUUUCCUUUAUUUGUUCCUCCUUUCUCCCUUCUUCUCCCUUCUCUUCAUUCACCUUUCUUUCUCAUUUGAACAUUUACCCUUUUCCUUCAGAUUCGAAAGCUGUAUCUUCUUAUGUAAGAAGUCAAAUCUGCCUUUAUUUUCGUCAAUAAACUUUCACAUUAACUUUCCUGUCAUUAUUUCACAUUCUUUGGUCUUCAAGAAAAAACUCAAGAGGAAAGCCAAUACCAGGACCUUUUAUUUUGACCUUAUGUAAGCCUAUUCCAGUUCUCUCUCUCUCUCUCUCUCUCUCUCUCUCUCUCUCUCUCUCUCUCUCUCUCUCUCUCUCUCUCUCUCUCUCUCUCUCUCUGUUUGUCUGUCUUCCUUUCUCCCCCCAAUCUGAUGCUGGUAAGAGGAAAACAAAGUGUCUCAUCAAGAUUAUCUUUUUAAAUUUCUUUCUCUCUUCCUUUAAUUUCUUAUAAACCCUUUUCCUGCCUCACAUAGUUUCUCAAAAUACGUGAGUCAUGCGUCUUCUUAACGACUAUUGGGAAAAAUGCCAGAUUAUGCUUAAUGAUGUAGGUAGUGAUCCCCCCCCCCCCCACAAUUCGUAUCUGCAUAGGGAAUGAGUGUCAUGUUUUACUAGUCGAAUAGAAGCCGAAUUAUUAAGCUAGUCUCCCCCUUUUGUGCUGAUGUUAUGCCGGGUCUCUGUUUUGUUUAAAUCAUGAUGGUAUUAAAAGAAUUAAAAUGA